AGCAAUUUUAAAUUUCUUUGCUCCUUCUAUUUGCUUGAAAAAUGAUGGACAAAAUCAAAUUCCAUCUUCUUUCGAUGUUGCUGAUCAUGCAUUGCUUCAUGGUUGGCUUUGCCAGGAGUAAGACUGUGACUAAUCUCACCAAUGAUCAGUCUGCGCUUCUUGAAAUCAAAGACCAAAUCAUUGAUCCUCACAAUUUUCUGGACAGCAAUUGGUCCACCAAUAGCUCAGUCUGCCAUUGGAUCGGUGUUUCUUGCGGUGCUCGCCACCAUGGAAGAGUCACCGUCUUGGAUCUUUCAGACAUGGAUCUUACUGGAACUAUCGCUCCACAUUUAGGAAAUCUCUCUUUCCUGGUCUCACUUAACUUGAGUGGCAAUAAUUUGCAUGGCUAUCUACCCAAAGAGAUGGCCAAGUUGCAUCGCUUGAAACUCAUUGAUCUGAGUCAAAACUCUUUUAAUGGAGAGAUUCCUGUAUGGUUUGGAAAUUUAACUACACUUAAAGUUGUAUAUCUGGGUGGAAAUAGUUUCCAAGGUGAAAUCCCUUGGGAGAUUGGUAAUCUUCUUGCUUUGGAGACGUUAUCCGUACAAGAUGCAUGGCUCAUUACUGGUCCAAUUCCAGCUUCCAUCUUCAACAUUUCUUCUUUGAAAGAAAUUUAUCUCAUAAACAAUAGUUUAUCUGGUGGUAUUUCAAAUGAUAUGUGUCAACAUCUUCAAAAACUUGAAUUGCUUAACAUAUACCUCAAUGAAUUUUCUGGUCCUUUUUCCUCAAAUAUAGGUGAAUGUAGCAAUCUUCAAGAAUUAAUAUUAUCCUCUAAUCAAUUCAGUGGGUUCAUUCCUACAAGUAUUGGAAACUUGACCAAGCUCAAAACAGUCUAUUUGGGUGUGAUCCCUUGGGAAGUGGGUAAUCUUCUCUCUUUGGAAACAUUUGUUGUGGAGAACAUGAGCCUCAAUGGUCAAAUUCCAGCUUCUAUUUUCAACAUUUCUUCUUUGAAGACAGUUUUUUUGUACAACAACAGUUUGUCUGGUAGUCUUCCUGAUAACAUGUGUUCCCAUCUUCACAAACUUGAAGUCCUUGAUUUAACUUACAAUGGUAUUUCUGGUCAUAUUCCCUCAAAAAUUGGUGAAUGCAGCAGUCUUCGAAGUGUAUCAAUAUAUGGUAAUCGAUUUACUGGGCUUAUUCCAACAAAUAUGGGAAAUUUAACUAGGCUCAAGCAUAUGUAUCUAAGUCACAAUGAUUUAGAAGGUGAAAUUCCAUGGGAGAUUGGGAAUCUUAUUACAUUGGAGAUAUUUUCUGCAUCAGAUUUACAGCUAAGAGGGCUAAUUCCAUCUUCCAUCUUCAACAUUUCUUCAUUGAAAAUAAUUUCACUGUUAAACAAUAGUCUGUCAGGCAAAUUACCAUCCACGAGCUUGGCUUCAAAUCUUGCGGGGCUUUAUCUAUGGAAUAAUAAUCUCAGUGGAAAUAUUCCUGAUUAUAUAUCUAAUGCUUCUAAGCUCAGAGUUUUAGAAUUGGAACAAAACUCGUUCUCUGGCUUUAUUCCAAACACAUUAGGCAAUUUGACUCUGCUUGAGGUUUUAAGGCUUUCGGAAAACCAUUUGACCACCAAAAGCCGAACUAAUGAAUGGAGCUUUCUUUCUUCAUUAGUAAACUGCAGGAAUCUAAGGAUCUUAUGGAUAUUUUCCAAUCCAUUGAAAGGCGUUCUUCCAACUUCUAUCUCAAAUCUCUCAUCACUUGAAGACUUCAAUGCCAAUGACUGCAAAAUUGAAGGUAGUAUUCCUAUGGAAAUUGGUGGCUUAAACAAUAUUGUACGUUUAAGUCUUUCUCAAAACGAAUUGAGUGGAUCAAUUCCAACAACAAUAGGAAGGCUACGAAAUAUCCAAGGUUUGUAUCUUGAUGAUAAUAAAUUACAAGGCUCCAUUCCAGACAAUUUUUGUCGUUUGGAGAAACUGAGUGAAUUGUCAUUGAGUGGCAAUAUGCUUGAAGGACCGAUACUCCCAUGUUUGGGUGAUUUGACUGCUCUAAGAUCUCUAAACUUGUCCUCCAACAAAUUGUAUUCAACAAUACCCUUCACCUUUUGGAGCCUUAAAUAUAUCUUGAAAGUAGAUUUCUCUUCAAAUUACCUUAAUGGUUCACUUUCACAGAAUAUUGGGAAUUUGAAGGUGCUAUCAAGUGAUAUUCCAGCAACAAUUGGGGGUUUAAAUGAUCUACAAACUUUGUCUUUGUCAAAUAAUAGACUACAAGGUUCUAUUCCUACAUCAUUAGGUGACUUGACAAGUUUGCAAACCUUGGAUUUAGCUAAUAACAAUUUCUCUCGAAUGAUUCCAGAGUCUUUGGAAAAACUCUCCUCUCUCAGUUAUUUUAACGUGGCUUUCAACAGGUUGGAAGGCGAAAUCCCCACUGAAGGAUCCUUUACAAGCUUCACAGCAAAAUCAUUCAUGAACAAUUAUGCACUUUGUGGUUCACCUCGAUUUGGAGUACCUCCCUGCAAAAAUAGCAGCCAUCGACAAUCCAAGAGGACCCUUGUGCAUGUUUUGACAUAUGCUUUGCCACCAAGUGCUUUAUUAAUAUUGGUAGUUACCUUCAUUAUUAUCUUAAAAAGAUGCCAGAAUAGUAUGAAUUCUCUGUCAAUUAAAGAAGAUUCAACAAUUCUAGAAAUACAGAAUAGAAAUAUGUACAACAGACUUCUACAAGCGACAGAUGGAUUUAAUGAAGGUAACUUACUUGGUUCUGGAAGUUUUGGCUGUGUGUAUAAAGGAAGACUUUCAAACGGGCGGAAUGUUGCGGUAAAAGUUUUUAAUUUGCAGUUAGAGGGAGCCUUUAGGAGUUUUGAUGUUGAAUGUGAAGUCAUGCAAAAUAUACUUCAUCGUAAUCUUGUCAAGAUCAUUAGUGGUUGUUCUUGCAUUGAUUUCAAAGCUUUAGUAUUUGAAUUCAUGCCUAAUGGGAGUCUCGAGAAAUGGUUAUACUCUGACCAUUAUUUCUUGGAUAUCCUACAAAGAAUCAACAUAAUGAUAGAUGUUGCAUCUGCACUAGAAUACCUCCAUUUGGGACAUCCAAAUCCAAUAAUUCAUUGUGACCUAAAACCUAGUAAUAUCUUACUAGACAAUGAUUUGGUUGCACAUGUGGGAGAUUUUGGCAUUGCCAAACUAUUAGGAGAAGCAGAGUCUGUGAAACAAACCAUGACACUUGCCACUAUAGGAUAUAUGGCACCAGAAUAUGGAUCAACAGGAAUUGUUUCCACAAAAAGUGAUGUUUAUAGUUAUGGUAUUUUAUUGAUGGAAACUUUCACAAGAAAGAAGCCCACAGAUGAGUUUUUCACUGGAGAAAUGACUAUGAUUCGUUGGAUGGAAGAUUUACUAUCUAAUGGAACAAUUGAUGUUGUGGAUUUAAGUUUGCUGCAAGAAGAGAAAGAACAUUUUAUAGCUAACGCUGAUUGUAUAUCAUCCAUUAUGAAAUUAGCUUUAGACUGUUCAGUUGAGUUACCAGAGAAAAGAAAAGAUAUAAAGGAUGUUGUUUCCAUUCUUAAGAAAAUCAAAAGGAAUUUUUUGAACAACAUCAAGCACGUGUAAUAUGAGUCAAGGCUACUAUUAGAAGAGUACAGAUUUUGGGUCCAUAACAAAGAUUGGUGGAGUGGCUUUAACUGG